AUUCAUCUCUGCUCCAUGUGGCAUCUCGUCCAUGCGACUCAACUGGGAUUGAAAGAUCCACUCCCAAUAUGGAGUGACUCAUAAGGACAACAAUUUGCUGGCUGUCUUCUGGGUGCUCAGUGGAGUCGUUGGCCAGAUUCCCAGUUCUCCUCCAUGUUGCCUUUGCAGAAGGCUUGGUUGGGCUUCUAACCACACAGCCGCUGAGUUCUGAAAGGAAGAGGUUUCACUUUCAGGAUUGCAGCAGGAAAUGUACCAUGCUUCCCUGGUGAAAACGACUGGAUUUGGGCUAAUGAAAAAAAGGAACAGUCAGCUGUUAUCAGAGUACAUGAAGAGGAGGGAAUCAUGAGCCAGAGUUCGCCUUAUAUCUAUUCCUUUUUGGGGCUGUUGCCCUUUUGGAUACUGUGUACAUCCUCUACCAACAAAUGUGUUGUUAGGCAUGAAGCAGCUGACUGCAGUCAUCUGAAGUUGACACAAGUGCCCGAUGACCUCCCAGCAAACAUAACGGUGUUGAAUCUCACCCAUAAUCAGCUCAGAAGAUUACCACCUGACAACUUUACAAGAUACAGCCAACUUACUACCUUGGAUGGAGGAUUUAACUCCAUCUCAAAACUGGAGCCAGAAUUGUGCCAAAAACUCCCCUUGUUGGAAAUUUUGAACCUCGAACACAAUGAACUAUCUCGCCUUUCAGAGCGAACUUUUAUCUUCUGCGUGAAUUUGAUGGAACUCCAUCUAAGGUCCAAUUCAAUCCAGAAAAUUGAAAACGAUCCCUUUCAAAACCUGAAGAAUUUAAUCAAAUUAGAUCUAUCUCAUAAUGGUUUGUCAUCUACCAAAUUAGGAAGUCAGCUCCAACUGGAAAAUCUCCAAGAGCUCCUGUUAUCAAAUAAUAAAAUUAACAUCCUGAGACGUGAAGGACUGGAUUUCCUUGGCAAUUCUUCUUUGAAGAAAUUAGAAUUGUCAUCAAAUCCAAUUAAAGAGUUCUCUCCAGGGUGUUUUCAUGCAAUUGGAAAAUUAUUUGGCCUCUCUCUGAACAAUGCUCAACUGAACCCCAACCUCACAGAGCAGCUUUGUUUAGAACUGUCGAACACAAGCAUUCAGAAUCUAUCCCUGAGCAACACCCAGCUGUACAGAACGAGCAAUAUGACUUUCGUUGGGCUCAAGCACACAAAUCUCACCGUGCUCGAUCUUUCCCACAACAACUUAAAUGUGAUUGAUAAUGGUUCCUUCGUUUGGCUUCCACAUCUAGAAUAUUUCUUCCUGGGGUAUAAUAAUAUAGAACACCUAUUUUCUCACUCCUUUUAUGGGCUUCUCAGUGUGAGAUACUUGGAUUUGAGACGAUCUUUCACCAAACAAAGCACUGCCCUUGCUUCGCGUCCCAAGAUCGAUGAUUUUUCCUUUCAGUGGCUAAAACGUUUGGAGUAUCUUAACAUGGGAGACAACAACUUCCCAGGCAUAAAAAGCAAUACGUUCACGGGACUGAUAAAGCUGAAACACUUAAGUCUAUCCGACUCCUUCACAAGCUUGCGAACUUUAACAAAUGAAACAUUUUUGUCACUUGCUCAGUCUCCUUUGGUCACGCUCAACCUAACCAAAAACAAAAUCUCAAAAAUAGAGAGUGACGCUUUUUCUUGUCUGGGCCACCUUCAGGUACUCGACCUUGGCCUUAAUGAAAUUGGGCAAGAGCUCACAGGCCAAGAAUGGAGAGGUCUAGGAAAUAUCAUUGAAAUCUACCUUUCCUACAACAAAUACCUACAACUGACUCCUGGGUCUUUUGCCCUGGUUCCAAGCCUCCAACGCCUGAUGCUCCGCAGAGUGGCCCUGAGAAAUGUGGACAGUUCUCCUUCACCUUUUCAGUCUCUUCGCCACUUGGUCAUUCUGGAUCUAAGCAACAACAAUAUAGCCAACAUAAACGAUAAACUGUUGGAGGGUCUUGAGAAACUAGAAAUUCUGGAAUUGCAGCACAACAACUUAGCACGGCUAUGGAAACGUGCAAACCCGAGUGGUCCUGUUUAUUUUCUAAAGGGUCUUUCUCACCUCCACAUUCUUAACUUAGAGUCUAAUGGCUUUGAUGAGAUCCCAGCAGAGGUAUUUAAGGGCUUAUCUGAAUUAAAGAGCAUUGAUUUAGGAUUGAAUAAUUUAAACAUAUUUCCGCUCUCUGUCUUUGAUGACCAGGCAUCUCUAAAGUCACUGAACCUUCAGAAGAAUCUCAUAACGUCAGUUGAGAAGGAUGUUUUUGGGCCAGCCUUCAGGAACCUGAGUAAUUUAGAUAUGAGCUUUAACCCAUUUGAUUGUACCUGUGAAAGUAUUGCCUGGUUUGUUAAUUGGAUUAAUAGUACCCAUACCAACAUCUCUGACCUGUCAAGCCAUUACCUCUGUAAUACUCCACCUCAAUAUCAUGGUUUCCCGGUGAUGCUUUUUGAUAUAUCAGCCUGCAAAGACAGUGCCCCCUUUGAACUCUUUUUCAUCAUAAAUACCAGUAUCCUUUUGAUUUUUAUCUUUACCGUAUUGCUCAUCCAUUUUGAAGGCUGGAGGAUAUCUUUUUAUUGGAAUGUUUCAGUGCAUCGAGUUCUUGGUUUCAAAGAAAUAGACAGACAGCCAGAGCAGUUUGAAUAUGCAGCAUAUAUCAUUCAUGCCUAUAAAGAUAGGGAUUGGGUCUGGGAGAACUUCUCUCCGAUGGAAGAAAAAGAUCAAACUCUCAGAUUUUGUCUCGAAGAAAGGGACUUUGAGGCAGGUGUCCUUGAACUUGAAUCAAUUGUUAAUAGCAUCAAAAGGAGCAGAAAAACUAUUUUUGUUAUAACGCAGCAUCUAUUAAAAGAUCCGUUAUGUAAAAGAUUCAAGGUGCACCAGGCAGUUCAGCAAGCUGUGGAACAAAAUCUGGAUUCCAUUAUAUUGAUCUUUCUUGAGGAUAUUCCAGAUUAUAAACUGAACCAUGCACUCUGUUUGCGACGAGGGAUGUUUAAAUCUCACUGCAUCUUGAACUGGCCAGCUCAGAAAGAACGGGUAAAUGCCUUUCAUCAUAAAUUGCAAGUAGCCCUUGGAUCCAGAAAUUCAAUACAUUAAAUUUAUUUAAAGACUAAGUUAACAAAGGCGUAACUUUCCCCCACUUAAAGAGUUUCAUAGUAAAUUUAGGUUUUAUUUGAAAAUAAUAUAUAUCUGUUUAUUCAGACUUAGCGUUAUACCACAAGUCUAUGUUUUGUAUCUCCCUAUUUCAGACCUUUUAUUGCCAGUUGAGUUCAUUGGCCCCAGAAUAAACAUACAAGCAGUAUACGUAGCAUAUAAGCAGCACGUAGCUAGGAUUCUACUCAUGAAGAUAUAAUUGGUUACUGAGGUCUACAACUUAAGAAAGUUUUAAAAUAUUCCUCAUUUAAAGAAAAGUUAGAAUUAUGGGAAGGUUUCUGAUAAUUACAUUUGGAGUUUUUUUGGAUGCACUCAUAGGAGAAUAAGAGAUCAUUGUUUUAGUGGGCACAAUGCUAUUUCGACUGUAAAAGAGUAAAAUAUAUAUCCUAAUUUUUAAAAGCUUCAUCACAGGAUUUUUUUUUUUUUUCAGUUAGAAAGCUUUCAUGUUAGUGGUGCCCACUUCAGUGUUGAUUUUGUUAGGUGUUAAAUUCCAUUUGAACCUACAGACUCAUGGUCAGAAAACGUUUGUAAUUCAUUUUCAUUACUUACUUAAAAUACAUAUUUUAAUAAAUCCUUAUUUUCCCUGAUACUUGGGUUUCUGCUGUAGGUGUUAGAAGAAACAAUUCUCUUACUUAAAAGUAUUACAGGAAACAAAAAAAGUAUUAUAGAAAGGCUUGCUUCCUGAAGGUUAAUUAGUAGAUUAGCUUUGUGGUUGUAAAAUAUUGUUUUCUCUUGGCCACAGACUCAGGAGAUGGUCCUGGUCGGCUCAUUUGGUCCUACUGGGACUCUUUGACUCCUGAUCUUGGAAAUUAUGGUGUUGAACAAAAUCUUUAAUAAUCCUAUAUAAUUAGCGAUGAUGACCAUGGUAUAAUACAUUCACGUGAAACGUAUUAUCAUGUCAUAAAAUAGCAUGCUAUGUAUACAUUAGUCCUUCUCUAGAAAGACUAUUAUUUAAAAUUUUAUUUUUGCUUUUACAAUGGAAAGAAUCUAAUUAUUGAAAAUAGACAUGAAUAGCGUUUUAAAACCUUUAUAGUUCUGGUAUUCAAAUAAAGAGAGUGUUGAAAUCAUAAAGCUGGGUUAAUUUCUAUAUUAGAAGCACUGGUUUGGUAAAUUUAGGGAGAAUUUGAGGUGUCACGGUUUGGAACUUUGAUUAAAAUAGUAUUGUAUCCUCGGGGCUAAGUCCACAGAAUCCUGGAAAAAGUGAUACUCCCUGUACUGCCGGUUCUGAAAGAGUCUACAGUCUCUCAACAGUGUGAAUGUGUGGAGGGCUCAUUUUCACUUCCGUGUUACACAGCAUCCUUGCACACGAGACGCUCCUUCGAUAGCGUUUUUGCUAAGGUGUGCUUUCCACCUGUGAAAUAAUCUCGUUUUAUUUUGGCAUUGUAAAAUAAAAAUAAAAGAAAGAAAGAAAAGACAGAUUAAAUUAAACUUUUAUGAUGGCAAAAUAAAACCCACAGCCACAGUUUUUCCUGA